CGUCACCUUUCGAUUGAAGAAAGUGCACACAUUUUGUGUCUGCUUUUUAAUUCAAUCCAGAUCGGAUAAUAUCCCGUCGAAAUGGCCAAGCGUACCAGAAAAGUUGGAAUCGUCGGUAAAUACGGCACCCGGUAUGGUGCCUCGCUACGUAAGAUGGUGAAGAAGAUGGAAAUCACCCAGCACUCCAAAUAUACCUGUACAUUCUGCGGCAAGGAUGCCAUGAAACGAUCCUGCGUCGGAAUCUGGGCGUGCAAGCGGUGCAAGCGUGUCGUUGCCGGUGGUGCUUGGGUCUACUCGACCACCGCUGCCGCUUCGGUCCGUUCGGCUGUUCGACGUCUGCGUGAAAUGUAAAAACAAAGGUUGACGCCGAGAUGAAGAGCGGUGAAUUAUCAUAACGGUGUUGUUUGGUGUGAUGGAGCUGUCCUGCGCUGGAGUUGGAUACGAAUGUGUGUACACUGGGAAUUGCAUUGUAAACUAUGCCUUACGUGCUGUGCUCCGAAUGAUCUACCGCCCAAUUAAGCAUCCAUGCACGGUAACAUCACACCACACACACACAUUUGUGAGAAUCGGAAUGAAAUGGGGAAUAAAUCGAAGAGAAAAUCGUUCAGGAUGAAAAAACCUAAACUCCAAGCU